GCACCAUAACACACCUCUCCCAAUUUCUUCAAUUUCACUACUGCUGCUGGUACACGCCUAACGAACUGAUCGUCGCGAAUUCUCAACAAACAAAUCAAACUAAAAUUUCAUUUCGCUACAAAAAUCAGUUAUUUCACAGAGAUCAUUAACUUAUGGAAGCUAUAUGAUCUGCGUUAGGGCGUUUUAAUUUAUUUUGAAGAUUAAAAAAUUAAUGGCUUCUUGGCUUAAAGCUGCAGAAGAUUUAUUUGAAGUGGUAGAUCGAAGAGCGAAGUUAGUCGUCAAUGAAUUGGCAGAUGAGCAAUCUGAUCCUCAGUCACAAGCUUCUGAUGGUCAAGGAUCUCAACCAAAGACAACAAAGUCAAAGAAAAAGGCUCAAAAGAGGCAAUCCACAAACAAAUACAACAAAACAAGUAAUGCUAAAAAUGAUUUGACUACUGCACAAAGUUCACAAUCAGAGAUGGAAUCUGAUAAGGAUAAGGCUGUGCUCUCAGUUGAACAAAAUGCUUCUUCCUCAAGCAAUCCAAUAACCCAAACCGAGAAUGAGCAGCAACAGGAUACCAGCAGAGAGGUCUCCACUGUCACAUCAUCAGAAAGGUUAGCCAUUGAUGUUAAUCAUGAUGCUGAACAUGUGGAAGUUCCUGUAGAUGCCGUGGAUGCAGAUGUGAAAAGAUCAAGUUCAAGCGGUGACAUUCUUAAUGCAAAGGGCCCUGAUGCUCCUAUUGAACAUCCUCCUUUGCCGUUACCUGCCAAAGAAAUAGAAGUUCUCAAUGUAGACCAUCAAGACCAUGUGAAUGAUGCUGGGAAAAAUAUAAAGCUAAGAGAUGCUGAAGUUCCUUCAGAAACUGACCAAGAGAAAUCUCAAUCAGCAAUUACAAAUCCUCCUAUAAAUGGCGUGCCUCCACUAAAGGAUGCUGAUAUUGAGGCUGAACCUGUUGUCAAUCAGCAGAAUCAUCAGCUAUACAAAGCUGAUACAUCACCUAAGAAAUUACAGGACCAACUUGAUGAGGCUCAAGGACUGCUUAAGACUGCAGUUUCCACUGGUCAAUCAAAAGAGGCGAGGUUAGCACGGGUUUCUGCUGGACUUUCAGCUCGUCUUCAAGAAUACAAAUCUGAAAAUGCACAGCUGGAAGAACUUCUCAUUGCAGAGAGAGAGCUUAGUAAAUCAUUUGAGACUCGCAUAAAGCAGCUACAACAAGAUUUGUCUAUGUCUAAAAGUGAAGCGACCAGAGUAGAGUCAAAUAUGCUUGAGGCGUUGGCUGCGAAAAACUCUGAAAUUAAGGCCCUUGUCAAUUCCAUAGACUCGCUCAAGAAACAAGCUGCUUUUUCUGAAGGAAAUCUGGCCUCGCUGCAGGCAAAUAUGGAGUCUAUCAUGAGAAACAGAGAACUAACAGAGACAAGGAUGAUGCAGGCACUUAGGGAGGAGCUUGCUUCUGUAGAGCGAAGAGCAGAAGAAGAACGUGCAGCACAUAAUGCUACCAAAAUGGCAGCUAUGGGAAGGGAAGUGGAACUGGAACAUAGAGCUGUUGAGGCAUCCACAGCCCUAGCUAGGAUCCAGAGAAUUGUAGAUGAGAGAACAGCAAAAGCAGCAGAACUUGAGCACAAGGUGGCACUGCUUGAGGUUGAAUGUGCAUCGUUAAACCAAGAGUUACAAGAUAUGGAGUCUCGUUCUCGUCGCGGACAAAAGAAAUCACCAGAAGAGGCAAAUCAAGCGAUUCAGAUGCAGGCAUGGCAGGAAGAAGUGGAGCGCGCACGUCAAGGUCAGCGAGAUGCUGAGAGCAAGCUUUCUAGCAUGGAGGCUGAAUUGCAAAAAAUGAGGGUUGAAAUGGCGGCUAUGAAGAGGGAUGCUGAGCACUACUCACGUCAGGAGCAUAUGGAGCUAGAGAAACGCUAUCGUGAACUAACUGAUCUAUUGUACUAUAAGCAAACACAAUUAGAAGUCAUGUCUAGUGAAAAAGCAGCAGCAGAGUUUCAGUUGGAGAAGGAGGUAAAGCGCAUUCAAGAAGCACAGGUUGAGGCAGAAAGAAGUAGAGUUUCUCGUCGUGUAUCUUCCUCAUCUUGGGAGGAAGACUCUGAAAUGAAGGCACUUGAGCCCCUCCCCUUGCAUCACCGUCAUAUGGCAGCAGCAAGCUUUCAGUUGCAGAAGGCAGCAAAGCUACUGGAUACCGGGGCUGUCAGAGCCACCAGAUUUUUAUGGCGAUAUCCAACUGCUCGACUUCUCCUGCUUUUCUAUCUGGUAUUUGUGCACCUAUUUCUGAUGUAUUUGUUGCAUCGCCUUCAGGAACAAGCUGACGAUCUUUCUGCUAGAGAAGCCGCAGAGGCUAUGGGUCUUACUACUGGUACUUUGCCAUGAGGAGAAGAAACUCAUAACCCAAAUCUAAGGCGUCUUCAAAGGUAGCUCAACGUUCUAAAAGCAAAACAUUGCCUAUGAAUGAAUUUCUAGCAAAUGACACGCCACAAUAUUCAAAGCAAAAACGUGUAAUUGUUGUUUGCUUAUAAAUAUAGCAACUGGAUUAUAGAAAAAGUCGAUCCGAGAGAAAUAGAAGCCGCUAUCUUACUUCAACCAGAAGGCACAUAUUUUAAGUGUGGAAGGUAGAGUUUCUCUGUUGUUUUCAUAUUAACUGAGGCGAACUUGCGGAAAGGUAGCCACCGUGUCCAUGUUAGAGAUGUUGCUUUAUGAAUGGAAUUUUCUUUUAUUUGUAAUGGACAUUUACAAUCGCCAAAGAUUGAGCAGUUUUUGCUGUGUUUGUCUGAAUAGUGCGAGUCAUCACCGAAUUGUAAAUUUCAGAUACAAGAGUGCGUUGUAAUAGGAAUCAUCAAUAUGGAAUUUUUCUAUUGCCACAGAUACAA